GUCCUAUGGUAGUGUAUAUAAGGCCUUACACAAGGAAUCUGGGCAGGUGCUGGCCAUCAAACAGGUGCCCAUUGACACAGACCUUCAAGAAAUUAUAAAAGAAAUAUCUAUAAUGCAGCAGUGCGAUUCUCCUCAUGUCGUCAAAUAUUAUGGUUCAUAUUUCAAAGACUCAGAUCUAUGGAUCGUGAUGGAGUACUGUGGUGCUGGGUCUGUGUCAGACAUCAUGAGACUAAGAAAAAAGACUCUCAACGGAGAGAUCGCGACCAUUAUUCUAAACACGUUGCGUGGUUUAGAGUACCUCCACCUGAGACGGAAGAUUCACAGGGAUAUCAAGGCGGGAAAUAUCCUCCUCAAACACUCAGGUCAUGCCAAGCUAGCAGACUUUGGGGUCGCAGGUCAACUCUCGGACACAAUGGCCAAAAGAAACACUGUGAUAGGCACUCCUUUCUGGAUGGCCCCAGAAGUAAUUCAGGAAAUAGGUUAUGACUGUGUAGCUGAUAUAUGGAGUUUAGGUAUAACAGCAUUAGAAAUGGCGGAGGGGAAGCCCCCUUACGGUGACAUUCACCCUAUGCGUGCCAUAUUCAUGAUCCCCACUAAGCCACCGCCAUCAUUCCGAGAGCAUCAGUGGCAACCCGAGUUCAUCGACUUUGUGUCCAGAUGUCUGGUGAAGAACCCCGAGGAGAGAGCGACGGCAUCAAAGCUCCUCCAGCACCAGUUCAUCCGUGGUGCUCAGCCGGCCAGCAGCAUUCUAAGGAACAUGCUGGAGGAGGCAAUGGAGAUCCGGGAGAACCAGAACUCCAACCGGCAGAACCAAAUCAAGCAUAUCACGGAAUCGGACGACGAUGAAGUGGACAGUCGGACGAUGGUCAGGUAUAGUGCCGGUGGGGGUGACAGUGGUACCUUGCGCCCUGCCAACAACGAGGGCACUCUAAUGGCACCACUGCAGUCUGGUGGCACUCUUGUCUCACCGGUAGACUCGGCGACGCUCUCCUCAGACCUCGGGACAAUGGUCAUAAACUCCGACAAUGAAGAUGAAGACGAGGACUCCACAAUGAAGAGGCAUGACACUGCUCCUGGUGAGCAGAGCAAGAAAUACAGGCCUUUGUUCCUUGACCAUUUCGAUAAAAAAGAACAAGAAAAGAGGGCAAGAAGUAAAGGUUCAAAGGAUAACUCUCCGCUGGAGCAGUUGGCGCCGCAGCAAUAUGUUGGGACGGGCAGACCUAUUGUCACACAACAGCACCCGACGUCACAAUCAUCCCAGUUGCCUUUAGAAGAAAAACAGUUACUACAACAGCCUCAGCACUCACAGCAGCAGCAGCCACAGCCCAGCACAGUGCAUCACCAACAGCACCAACAACAACAACAACAAAUACAGCUACAACAGCAGCAGCAACAGGUGCAAAACAGCCAAGCCUUUGAGGACCAACAAGGUGGAGACGGCACAAUGGUUUAUUCUCCAACGGCGCUAAUACACUCGCAGCCGAAGCCCAUGUCGGCUGAGGAGCAACAGAAGUUCGAGUGCUCAAAUUUGGAAGAGGAACAAAAUAAUCUGCAGAGACAGUUAGUUCAGAUGAACAAACCAGCCAAUCACCAGCCACUGCCAUCUCGGGGCGUUGCAGCCGAGAAUCAACCCAAGUUCCAGAGAUCUUUCAUUGAUGGCGACUUUGAUUUUCUCAAAAACCUGACUUAUGAAGAAUUACAUCAGCGGAUGGCUACUCUAGACCAGGAAAUGGAACGGGAAAUUGAUGAGUUGCGUCAACGCUAUCAUGCUAAGCGACAACCUAUCCUUGAUGCUAUGGACCAGAAAAGGAAGAGACAGCAGAAUUUCUAGCAGAAUUGUGCUCUUUAUAUCUUUUAUAAUAUGACAUGUGCCGUAAACUUUUAAAAGAUGUAAAUUUGAAAAUGAUAUUCGACUCGCCAAGAAAGAGAGUGGAUACACAUAACAAGUUAAAGUUAAGAUGAUGAUGGUGGCUAAGAAGUUGGGAGAAAAUACCAAACACAGAUGCCAAGCAUAUCUGCCUGAUAUGAGGUCACUGUGCAAUGUGUGCCAUUUGAUUCAUAUCCCUGCUUAGUGCAAGCACUGCCUGUCGUAAGAAAAUGAAUGAGUUCAAUAGAAGUCGUUCAAAUGGUAUGACCUUGAUAUCCGAAGGAGGACUGGGAGAGCACCGGUUGCCAAUUAUACUAAAGAUUGCUUGUGGAUUUGUCAUCAGCCAUUAGUACGGAAAGAUGCUGCCUGCCCAUGGCCAGCAUGAGAUGGUUAAACUUACAUUGAUAUGUGAAAAUAUAAAAAAGCGUGUUUGUUUUGUGGACAAGAUACUCACGGACUUGCUAGUUGUGACCCCAAGCUGUGAGCUGACCAUCCGAGCAGGGCGUUGCUGUCAUCACUCCUAGAGAGCUCAAGUUUUGUCAUGUUUAUAUGAAUUUUUUCAUUCAUUUGCCUUCCUUGAUUAAUGCUACAUAUAUAUCUGCGAACCUCAUGGUCUAGAAAGCAAAGAAGUGGCUGUCAGACUUAAUUGAAGACAUUGUGAGGAAAUAUUUUGAAAAAUGGUAGUGUAAUAUCAUUUUUUUGUUUGCUAUUAAACAUCUGAUUCAUGUCUUCCUGUCUUGUUUAAUAGGCAGUGUACAGGUUGCCUACUUGCCAGGCCAUGCAUUCAGUGCCCAUACACAGUUGUGGGGAUGGUCCCUGUACAUGGCUGUAUUUGAGUUUUCUACACAGCUUUGUAUCUGGAACUGUGUUCAUCAGCAUGCCCCAUCUCGGUCCAAAGCUUUUGUAUAGGCUGUACAUUACUGUGUUGUGAUGUCUGGGCAGAGCUGUGUGGGUAGUCUCUGUAUGCGGGUUUUUCUGUGGGCACCAAACACUGCCAUAACUCUCACGCUGGGAGGCUCGUGCCAAGCUUCUCUUCCAUCUGAUUUUUCUACAGGUUUUGACUACACUGUUUACAGUGUUGAAUAUUGUAGUUUGUACUUAUUCCUUUUUGGUGUUCAUUUUAUAUGCUGUGGUGAGAGGGGAGGAGAGAGAGCGAGAGAGCAAGAGAGAGUGUAAGAGAAGAAAAGGUUCAAGAACUGUCCAUAUUCAGAGAUAAUUUAUGCAUUCAGAUAAGGUUUUCCAGUCAUUAGUUGUAAGUUUUAUUGUAGAUCCUCAAUUUUUUUGCCAAAAUCUGAUCAUCCAUGAAAAGGAGAAAGAAGGAAAGUCUUGGAAGUCUUGGCACGUAAGAGGUGACUGCACGCUGGCCGUCAGCUUCUUCAGCCAGACAAAGAAACCUUGGAACAUCAUUUUUGGUGUGGAUGUUGCCAUAUCUCUAACUUGUAUCUGAAUGUACAUAAUUAUUCUUUCUUUUUUAUGACUUUUGAAAAAGAAAAAAGAAAAAAGAACUUAGGGAGUGAAUUGACUUUCAUACAUAUCUUGAGAUGGCCUUAAUGCUGGGGUCCGACUGAACGUUCAAAGGCUUGCACGUAAGUUCAAAAAGUUUUGUCGAGAAAGAGGGCAUUAGUGAUGGUCUGAUCCUUGUGUAGUUAGAGCAGGUCUUGUGGAUGAUGAUGUGACAGUAUGUACUAUUACAGCUUUUAAACUAUGAUGCAUUCCUUUCUUUUCAUUUUCACAUAUUGCAUUUUAUGUUUUCUUUUUACUGUAGACAUCUUUAACCUUUUUGUUUUUGUUUUAAUCCUAGCUAGGUUAGUGUAACCGAUAACUGUGCUAAUAGAAUUUUUUUUUUUCUCAUUUUGUCGUACUAAUUUUAUUUUCGUCUGUAGUAUUUACCUUUCUUUUCAUGUAUAGAUGACUGUACAGCAUCCUCUCGUUAAUUUAUUAACUGGACAAGUAUCCCUAUGCUUUCAUUUUCUUUAUCUUUCCUUUCUUUGUUGUGCAAAACUUAUUUUAACCAACAUUUUUCAAGGAUUGCACUAAAGCACUUCAAAAGCUGGUGAUGGUUUAUGGUGUCACAGACGUAAAGCUAGAGAUGCGUUAGUUUGCAGGUGACGACUGAUCCUUUGUAACUUCUAGUCAGGUAAGGAAUCACUCGCCAAUUCAGGCUUAACCCGGAGGAGAGGAGAAGAGAACAAGGAGUUUCUUGAUUGAGUGAUUUGUCAUGUUUCCGCCAUUUUAUUUCAUUGUUAUUAUUUUUUUCUUUUCUGUAAGGAACGGAUAACAAAACCCAAAACCAAAAAA